CGCACUCCUGGGACGCUAUUGUUGAACUUCGCUGCUCAUGUCUUAGCCCAGAAGAGGGAGAUUUGUUUCUUCAAGAUCAAUGUUUCAUGUGGGGAAAAUUUUCUAUUCAUACAUCUCCCGGCCCUCAGUACGACUGUUGAGUUCUUUUCAGAGUACACAAAAUCCAGUCAAUUUAUAUCCAAAUUCUGAUCCGAAUGCUGUUUUCAAAAAGCCUGUUGAACCGAGUAUUAACCAGGAAUCAUUCAGUGGUUAUAUUCCUCUGAAUGAACUCCAAAUUUCCUACAUGUAUUCAGGUGGUCCAGGGGGUCAACAUGUAAAUAAAAAUAAAACUAAAGUGGAGAUACGCUUUCAUGUUCCUUCAGCAUCAUGGAUACCAGAGAAGGCUAAACAACUUAUAAUGGAAAGGGAAGCUAAUCGUAUUAAUAAAGAUAAUUACUUUAUUAUUACAUCUGAUCAUACUCGUAAACAGAUAUUGAAUCAAGCGGAUUGUUUAGAACGUAUACGUCGGGUAGUUAGAGAAUGCGUCAAUGCUAUGAAUAAACCUGAGCCAAGUCCUGAAGUCUUAGAAGAAAUUCAACGUCGAAAAGUGAAAGCCAAUGAAGAUAGACUACGUGAAAAGAAGGCGAAAUCGUAUACAAAACAGCUACGUCGAGAUACUGGUGUCGUGGAUUUAUUUUAAUCAAUUGAUAAAAGAAGAAAGGCAGAGAAGAGGAAAACACACUACUUAUGAUUGUGUAAAUAACUAGAGAAUCAAUCAAUCAAUAAAUAAAUAGACAUAAUGUAUAGUACAUGUAUUACAAAUAUAUAUACUGACCAAACUAGCCUUCCUUUUUGUUGCCUUCACCUUUUUUUCGUUGUUGUGAUGCGUAUUUUGUUUGUUUGAUUAUUCAUUUUAUUUCAAGUUUGAUCACGGAUUGAUAUCAGUC